AUGCAGCGCGGCGACUGGCACCGCACGAAAGACCUCGUCGUCAAAGGCACCGACUGGAUCAUCAACGAGAUGAAGAAAUCCGGGCUGCGCGGGCGCGGCGGCGCGGGGUUCCCGUCGGGCCUUAAGUGGUCCUUCAUGCCCAAGGUGAAUCCCGACGGCCGCCCGUCGUACCUCGUGGUUAACGCAGACGAGAGCGAGCCGGGCACGUGCAAGGAUCGCGAGAUCAUGCGCCACGACCCGCACAAGCUCAUCGAGGGGUGCCUCAUCGCGGGGGUGGGCAUGCGCGCGCGCUACGGGUACAUUUACAUCCGCGGAGAGUACGUCAACGAGCGCAAGGCCGUCGAGCGCGCCGUCGCGGAGGCGUACGCGAAGGGAUUCCUGGGCCGCAACGCGUGCGGAAGCGGGUACGAUUUCGACCUGUACGUGCACCACGGCGCGGGCGCGUACAUCUGCGGAGAGGAAACCGCGCUGCUGGAGUCGCUCGAAGGCAAGCAGGGCAAGCCGCGUCUGAAGCCGCCGUUUCCGGCGAACGCGGGGCUGUACGGAUGCCCGACGACGGUGACGAACGUGGAGACCGUCGCCGUGUCGCCGACGAUCCUGCGACGCGGGCCGGAGUGGUUCGCGUCGUUCGGGCGCAAGAACAACAGCGGCACGAAGCUGUUCUGCAUCUCGGGGCACGUGAACAAGCCGUGCACGGUGGAGGAGGAGAUGAGCAUCCCGCUCAAAGAGCUCAUCGAGCGCCACGCGGGCGGCGUGCGCGGCGGGUGGGACAACCUCCUCGCGAUCAUCCCGGGCGGCUCGUCAGUGCCCAUGCUCCCUAAACCCAUCUGCGACGACGUGCUAAUGGAUUUCGACGCGCUGAAAGCGGUGCAGUCCGGUUUAGGCACAGCUGCAGUGAUCGUGAUGGAUAAGAGCACUGACGUCGUCGACGCGAUCGCGCGGCUGUCGUAUUUCUACAAGCACGAGAGCUGCGGGCAGUGCACGCCGUGCAGGGAGGGCACGCCGUGGCUGUGGCAGCUGCUGGAGCGCAUGAAGGUGGGCGACGCGCUAAUGGAGGAGGUGGAUAUGCUGCAGGAGAUCACGAAGCAGAUCGAGGGGCACACCAUCUGCGCGCUCGGGGACGCCGCCGCGUGGCCCGUGCAGGGGCUGCUGCGCCACUUCCGCCCCGAGAUUGAGCGCCGUAUUGAGGCGCGCGCCGCCGCUGCUGCUGCUGCUGUUGCCGCUGGUGGUGCUGGUGAGUGGGCGGCGGGAAGAGGGAUGGGAGAGUGCGGCCAGGGGAUGAUGGCAGGGAUGGGAGGGUGUGUAGAGGAGGUGCCAGCACAGCAAGUGGCGAGUGCGGGCAUGUGA